AUGAGGAAAUUAGUUAUAUCCCUAGCGGUGCUGCAACUGAUAUCCCUGGCCUUGGGUCAUAAUAAUCCCUGGGAGCAGCAGCCCACGCCGAUAAAGAAGGUGCCGGUGCCAGUGCCUGUUCCGGUGCCAGUUCCCGUGCCAGUUCCUGUUUAUCCCAAGGAUGGAGGUGGUGGUGGCGGCGGGGGAGGAGGCGGAGGAAGCGGCAGUGGAGGAGGUGGCGGCGGAGGAAGUGGAAGUGGAGGAGGUGGCGGCGGAGGAAGCGGAAGUGGGGGUGGAGGCGGUGGCGAUGUCGGCGGAACUUGCCCGCGUCCUUCGCCCGAAGCUUUACGGUGCCUGCGGGAAUGGGCCUGUCAGUACGUCAUCCGGCUGGAUCUGCGCUGCCUGCUCACUUUAAAUGGCAACCCAUUGCUGGGCAAUCUCAUUUCCAUACCCGGCAUCACCGGCGGCGGCAGCAGCAGCGGCGGCGGUGGCAUCUUGGGUGGUCUCCUGGGUGGCAAAUAG